AUUAAAUAAAUAGAGAAAACAAAAUAUCAAAAUAUUAAUUAAACUGUUGUUGUUUAAAUAAAACGCAGACGUUACAAAAUGGAUGAAACACAGCAUUUUUGUCUGCGCUGGAAUAACUACCAAAGUAGCAUAACAUCAGCAUUUGAGAAUUUACGAGAUGAUGAAGAUUUCGUCGAUGUCACAUUGGCAUGCGAGGGUCGUAGCAUUAAGGCACAUCGCGUUGUAUUAUCAGCGUGCAGUCCAUAUUUUAGAGAUUUAUUGAAGAGUACUCCCUGCAAACACCCAGUGAUUUUAUUGCAGGAUGUAAAUUUCCAUGAUUUACAUUCAUUGGUUGAGUUUAUAUAUCAUGGUGAGGUAAAUGUCCAUCAGAAAUCCUUACAAUCAUUUCUUAAAACCGCUGAAGUUUUAAGAGUUUCCGGCCUCACACAACAACAAGCAGAAGAAACUAAUAGUCAAUUACUUCAAAUACAAAAUCUCGCCAAUAGUGGCAUACGCACACCUUUAAAUUCACACCACUCCUCCAUGCAGGAUGAAUCGCCACUGUAUCCGCGUAAUAUUGUGGGCUCACCACCGCCACCACCAUUUCCACCCACCCCCUUGUAUAAACGCAACAUUGCCAUGAUCAGACGCGAACAACACAACACUUCAACAUCAUCGGCCGAGGAUCCCAAUAAUGUUUUGAAGCGCAUGCGUAGCUCGGAUAAUGGUUUGCCACCCAGUAAUACCAACAGUCCCGAUAUACCACAUCCACGCAGUACUUCACCACAACUAACACCCACAGAUUUCUCAACAAUGAAACACAAUAAUAACAAUUCACCACCACCAAAAGAUGAGAAACGUAAUGGUUCCUCACUUAGUGUUAGCGGCAAUGGCAAUGGCAAUGGCUCAAAUUCAAAUACCAACGGCAAUGGAAUCUCUUCAAGUGAAAAAUUAGGCAGUCUAACACCUUCACCCUUGACACGCUCGGCGGAAGAUGUUAAAUCGGAACCCAUGGAACUGGUUUGUCCCAAUAACAAUGAUAACGAGCACAGCAAUGAUUCGACUGGAGAACAUGAUGUACAUCGUGCCAAUAGCGCCGACUGUGGUAAAGGUUCUUUGAGUUCGGUAAACGAUGAAGAAAUUGAAGGUACCAUGCCACCACAUCCAGCCUCGGCUCCGUUUCCAUUUUCACCAGGUGAAAAGUUAUUUCCAUCGGCACCAUUUCCACAGUUUUCAUUGAGCAACAUGGAUCCAGCAGCAUUUGCCAAUUUGAAUCCUCAAUUACAAAGUGCUGCCGAAUUAGCUGCCUCUCCCCAAGGUGGAAGCACUAACCUACUCGGUGGCGUUAUAGUACCCGGGGUCAAUCCUAAUACAAGUAGCAACCACCACCACCACCAUCAUUCCACUCAUGCACUACAUCAACAUGAACAUCAUAUGCACAGCCACCAUCAACAACAACAACAGCAGCAACAACAACAACUACAACAACAACAAGCAAAAGAACGUAAUAAUGAAUUAGACACUGAGCGCGAUAGAGAACGCCAUGGUCAACGAGCGACGCCCGAUCAAAAGAGUCAACUGCAGCAACAUCAACAGCAACAAGGUUCCUUUCCCAAUACCCCCUCUCCCCACCAUCACCAACAAUCCCAAUCCCAACAAGCGCAAACCCCACCUCCCCACCUCUCACACGCGCACUCCCAAUUUGCUUUACAGCAACAUCAAUUGUCACUGAUGCCCUCUCACCAUUUGCACUCCCAUCAUGAUCUCUCCCCCAGCAGUCAUCACCACCAUCAUCAUCUGACCAGAGCCCCCUCUCCCUAUGACCACCAUCAUUUGUUGCAGCACAGACGUUCCUCCUUGUCACCCUCACCCACCGGUCGUUCUUCGAACACUUCUUCGGCGGCUGGCAUUUUAGCCUCUUCUAGGGCCUCCGAACUGGGUGGCGGCAAUCGUUUGCUAUUGCCCCUUCCUCUGAACGCCUGUCACCGCUGUGACGUUUGUGGCAAAUUGUUAAGUACCAAACUUACGCUCAAACGCCACAAAGAGCAACAGCAUUUACAGCCCCUGAAUAAUGCCGUGUGCAAUUUGUGUCACAAAGUCUUUCGCACUCUUAACUCCCUCAACAAUCACAAGAGUAUCUAUCACCGGCGGCAAAAACAUCAUUCGUAUUUUCAUCAUGGCUCGGUAGGUUCCGUUGGCGGCUCCUCGGCGGGUCCCGGCAGUCGUCUGCAUCAGUCGCUAAGUUCAUUGCAGGCCGCUGCCGCCGCCAAUAAUUCCGUUGCGAAUCGCAACAAUGAUAAUGCCGUGGCUGCAGCUGCUGCAGCAGCGGCCGCCGCUGCCGAGCUAUUACUCUCGCCCAUUGUGGGCGCUGGCGGCGGUAAUGCGGGACCCACCAUGCAAAUGUCCUCACAUCCACAGCAGUCUUCACCAAAUAUGGUAAAACCUUGUAUGGAUUACUUAUAAGAUCAGCAUAAUUUUUUACAACAUCUCUUCAGUUUUGCCAUGAAUCCAGCCGCCGCCGCCGGUCCUACUCACCCGGGCCUAUCAACAAAUCUUCAAUCCCCCCAAUCAUCAUCAUCGACGAAUACAAACGAGGCUGGCCUAGUAGCCUCUUUAAACCCGCCGCCACCACCACCACCUAUAGUGGAUCUAACACAAAUAGAAAGUUAUGCCAUGGGCUCGUGUGAGGAUCCCUAUAGUAGUAUGAAUUUAUUAAAUCAUUAAACAAAUAGUUGUCCCCCAAAACACAAUGUUC